AUUCUGUAUGUCAACAGAGGAAGGAGAGGAAGAGGUGGAAGAGGUGGAAGCAGACCCUGCAGGAUUUGGGGAGGACGCGGGGCAGGGGCCUGCGGAGCAGGACGAGGCGAAUGAAGUCAAGAGUCCUUGAUUUCUCGCUGCCAUGACCAUGACUUUCACUCGCGAUCACUGAGGGGUAGUUAUCUGGACUCUAGACGAUUCUCAACAAUGGAGUCUCGGAGGUCGUCAGCUCCUGGCUUCAUGGGACGAUCGUCUACCACUGUCCCCAGGCCCAAAGGAUCAGCCUAUUUGGGUGUGGAUGUGGGAACCGGAAGUGCACGAGCAGGUGUAUUUAAUUCAGAAGGAAAGCUUUUGGGUCUGGCAACCAGUCCAAUACAAAUGUGGAAGGAGGGUGAUUGUGUUGAGCAAUCUUCAACCGAUAUCUGGCUUACGGUGUGUGCAGCUGUGAGGGCAGCGUGCAAAAAUGCGAACAUUAGUGGAGCAGAGAUUUGUGGCAUUGGAUUCGCUGCCACCUGCUCACUCGUGGCCAUAGGGGCAGAUGAUUCUCCCGUUAGUGUUUCUUGGAGUGGAGACGCAAGGCGAAAUGUGAUAGUGUGGAUGGAUCACCGUGCCAUAGACCAGGCGGAACGCAUCAAUGCAACCAAAUCACCUGUUCUCCAACAUGUCGGCGGGGCACUCUCUCCAGAAAUGCAACCGCCAAAGCUGCUGUGGGUGAAGGAAAAUCUCAAGGAGUCAUGGGCUGUUGCUUUUCGCUGGAUGGACCUAAGUGAUUGGCUUACCUACAGGGCCACAGGCGAUGACACUCGGAGCUUAUGCACAACCGUAUGCAAAUGGACCUAUCUGGGUCACGCCCAUUUACAACAUGCUGAUCCUACUGAUACCAAAGCCAUGGAUGCUUGCGGCUGGGAUGAUCUUUUUUGGCAAGAAAUUGGACUUGGUGACCUCGUCGAUGGCCAGUAUGCCAAGAUUGGGAGGAGUGUAGCAUUACCUGGACACCCGCUGGGAGUUGGUCUCACGCCUCUGUCUGCACAGGAACUAGGUCUGCUUGAAGGUACUCCAGUUGGUACAUCAGUGAUUGAUGCCCAUGCUGGUGGAAUUGGAGUUUUACAAAGUGUUCCAAGAGAACUUGUUCAUCCUCAAGCUGAAGAGAAACCUGAUGCUGGGGAAGUGGUGGAAGAGGACGAGCUGAGCAACAGAAUGGUGCUUGUCUGCGGGACUUCCACUUGUCACAUGGCUGUAACUAAAGAGAAGCUUUUUAUUCCUGGAGUUUGGGGACCAUACUGGUCCGCCAUGAUUCCUCAGUAUUGGCUGAUUGAAGGGGGCCAAAGUGCCACAGGAGGCUUGUUGGAACAUUUGGUUGAGGAUCAUGCGAUUGCACCUCUGCUUGGCAACCGUGCCGUAUUACAGAAGAUAUCAAUCUACGAAGUCCUGAACAACAUCUUGGAUAAUCUCGCCAAUGAUGCGUCAGUACCUCACCGAAGUGCUCUGACUAAAGAGCUGCACGUCCUUCCAGAUUUCCAUGGGAACAGAUCACCGAAGGCCGAUCCGAGGUCCAAAGGUAUGGUAAGUGGAAUGACACUGGAUUCAAGUGAAGUCGGUGUCGCACUACUUUACCUAGCCGCUCUACAAAGCAUCGCCUACGGCACUCGCCAGAUUGUUGAACACCUGGCAGCACAUGGGUUGAAGGUUGACACGUUUAUUGCUUGUGGAGGUCUCUCAAAGAAUAGGGUCUAUCUUCAAGAGCACGCUGACAUACUGGGAUGUCCAGUUACACUACCGAGAGAAACAGAGUGCGUGUUGCUAGGCGGUGCGAUCAUUGGAGCUGUGGCAGCCAAAAAGUACGUGAGCAUCGAUUCAGCAAUGAUCGCUUUGAACGCGCCAGGAUUGGUGGUACAGCCUUCCAAAGAUAUAAAGAUUAAAAAGUAUCAUGACGCCAAGUAUGAGAUAUUCAAGUCACUGUAUGAGCAGCAGUGCGCGUUCCGGGAAGUCAUGGCAAAAGCACUAGAAUAAAGGUGCAUUCGCGGAAAGUUGUUGUAAAUAGUGAAUCUCAUUCCAAAAUAUAUCUGUAAAUUGGACGUGGUGGAUAUCUAGGAACAGAAUGGGAAGUUUAGACAUCGUGUAGGCCGUACGGAAGCAUUAAAUUCUGGAAGCAUUCACCUGAUUCAUCUGUAAGAAAUGUGGACCGAGAUUCGGAUUUGCACAGUGAUAAAUAUACAAGCAAUUGUCACACAUUGGAGUCUCAAUCCAAUUUUCCGAGCA